AUGUCAGAAAAUCCAGAAAUAGCGGCAGCAGCUCCAGCUGCUGAGGGUGAGGACAAAAAUGUUAAAGUUGAUGGAGACGACAAUCAAGGCAAACCAAUGAAGACAGACUCUAAAACUUCCAGAGCAACUUCUGUAGAUUCAGAAGAUAGCCUAGCCAGUGACAAGAAGGAGGUAGAAGAGGUGUUCCAAGAAGAAAUUAUUCCAGAAUUUAGACUUGGGGAAUGGCGGAACAUGAGAAGAAUCAUUGCAGAAGAUCCAGACUGGACUCUAGCUACUGUUCCGGUGCUUAAAGAUCUUGUAGUGAAGCAUAUUGCUGACAAUUUUGAAUAUCACUCCCUCAGCCUAAAGAAACUAUUGCCCAAAUACCAGAAGAGAGUUCUAGCGAAAAUAUCCCCCAAGUUGCCUCUCAGUGUUACAGCCCUUCUUGUUGAAGAUGAAGACUACUGGGAAAGGUGCUGUCGGGCACGCUGGAAUAUCUGUGAUGUUUCAGUUUACGGAAACAGCUGGAAACGGAUGUACAUGGAGAAAAACUUGGAACAGAUUAUAGAACUUUUUGUGCCGCACACAACCGACUCCCAGGAAUUGGAUGAUACAGUAAAACUGUCAGCAGAAUUCAUUAAAAAGCUGGACAUACAGCAGCUUCUUCCACCAAUCAAAGAGGCUCACAAGGGUCCAGAUUUUGAUGAUCUUUCAGAUUCAGGUGAGAAUGAAGAUGAACCGCUAUGGGAUCAUUUUAAUUUCGGCCCACUUUUGUCAAAUUUGCCAUUUUUGGAGGAACUGCAUCUAACCUAUGGUGUUCGUGACUGUGGGAUGAACUUUGAGUGGAGUCUGUUUCAGUUUACCUCUAGGGAUUGCUUGCUGCUGUCUCAGUGUGUGGCAUCGUGCAAAACUCUCCGAGUCUUUCGUUUGCACAGAAGUAAAGUGGAUGAUGACAAGGUUCGAGUCCUGAUUAGUUCCAUCCUAGACCAUCCAAGUCUGGAGGUACUUGAUCUAUCUCACAACAUUAUUAGCGACAGGGGAGCUCGUGCCAUCGGGAAGUUUCUGACCAAUCACUCAAGGCUGACUAGGCUUAACCUCUGCGAUAAUCAGAUCCGAGUUAUGGGCGCUCAAGCCAUUGGCCACGCUUUGACAAAGAACAGUUUACUUGUGUGUCUGAAUCUUCGGCUGAAUCGACUGGGAGAUGAAGGAGGCCAAGCCAUCUGCAAGGCUCUUCUAAAGAACAGAUCCAUCAGGGAACUGCAUCUUGGUUCCAAUGAUCUUGCAGAGCCAUCUGCGCAUAUUUUGUCACAAGUUAUGCUCUGUAAUAAUGUCCUGAGAAAACUUGACCUGUCCUGCAAUCGUCUUGGCCCAGAUGGAGGCAAGCAGAUCCAAGAAGGCAUGGAAGCAAACAAGACUAUCAUCCACCUCGAUCUGAGGCUGACAGAGUGCGGACAGGAAGCAGAAUAUUGCGUCUGUCAGAUUCUCCACCGUAAUCAAGAAACAGACCGCAUGGAACGCAUAAUUAAUAGUGAAGCAGUGAAUUCUCAGUAUCGUAAAACAAAAUUUGAACCCCAGUCUACUCAUCGCUAUCGACUACCCCCAACAGCAAUAAUUAUUUAG